UUAAAAAUGAACAGUCCAAGUAUAAUUCAACUAGAUGAGAACCUCUCUGAUGAAUUCCUCAGUGAGGAUGUCUCUUCAUUAAAAAUUAGAGGCUCAGACAAAAUCUUGGCCAAUAUGGACAGAAAAUCCUUGAGCAAUAAAAAGAGAGGGUUACUAAAUUUCACUAUUUGAGUUGAGCCUCUUGAUAACGUAAAAGUUGAGGGAUAUAGUGGAGCUUCUCUUGCAAGAUCGAUGAAUGAAGGAAUUAAUAUUCCUGAGAGAAAUAUAAGGCCCUCCUCUUCCAACAAAGCUAGAGUUCGAACUGCAUACGGUGACAAUAAAUCAACAGUUUCUUUAAAAUCAGAAAUCAGCAGUCUUCUAAAAGUUGUAGGAAAGAUUCGAAAGAGAACUGGAAGUCAGAAGGGAAAGAAAGCAAAUGAUAAAUUCGUACUAAAAGAAGUUCCAAGUACUUCAGAGAAUAUUACUAUGAGAGACGUUGCUCCAUGUGAGAUCAAAUACUAUUAUAACUAAUUCUUUAUCUAAAUAUUUUAU